UUCAACUUCAGUAGAUUAUUACAGUCUGCGUAACGGCGAUUCUUCGUUGGGUGAACGUCGCCAAAUGGUUCCCUGCGCAUUGAAACUGAACCCCGGGUGGAUUUAAACUUUCACAGGAUCAACCAUGUCAACAGCCUUGGAAAGUUACAUUAACCGGACCGUGGCCAUCAUUACGUCGGACGGGAGAAUGAUCGUGGGCACACUGAAGGGUUUCGAUCAGACUAUCAACCUGAUCUUGGAUGAGAGCCACGAGCGGGUGUUCAGUUCAACUCAAGGAGUGGAGCAAGUGGUUCUUGGACUGUAUAUAGUCAGAGGAGACAAUGUUGCAGUGAUUGGAGAGAUUGAUGAAGAAACAGACUCUGCCCUUGACCUCGGCAACAUCCGAGCUGAACCUCUCAACUCUGUAGUCCACUAAUGGCUUGCCUACUGCAUAGUCACCCCCUCUCACCAGACACACACACACACACACACACACACACAAGGCCAAUUCACACUGCCUCAACAACUGUAAACAAACCCUGCUGUCAGAUGAUCAGCAAGUUACUGUUCUGUAAAAGACAGGAGUCUCUCCCAACACUCUAUACCCAGCAGCCUAAUUUAGAAUGUUGGGAAUUCUAGAGUGUUGGGCCAUUGCGAAGAGCCUUUUUUAGUUGAAAUCCUUACCACGGAGCACUCAUGGUUGAAGGAAACUUCUGUGCUUAAGAUCUGGGUGGGGUAUAUGGCUAAGUGAACCUCUUCAUAGAAAAGUCUCAUGGUUUCAUUCUCCUGACCAUAGGCCUCUUGUCACUAUUCUACCCCCUCUAUGGUCAGACAGGCAUCAUGAGAGCUGGAGCAGUGUGACUGCAACCAAAAACCUGUCUUUUCUGUUGACACGUGUAGAAGGAUCAAAGGAUCUUCAUACAAUAUUGAUGUUUUUUUUGUUUUUUUUUACUGCAAAUGGAAUAAAAAUCUGUUUAAUAUUUAA